UUAUCGAGUUACGCGACUGUGUGCAUGUGUGUAUGUGUGCCUGCGUGCGUGCUUGCGUGGGUGCGUGCAUGCAUGCGUGGGUGCGUGUGCCUGUGUUGAUACCCGUGUGACCCGCUUUUCGAGUGGUUUGCGUCAAGCCCGGAAUGCUAGACCGACUGGAGGAGUCGGCGGGGACAAGAAGGAGAUAGAAAACCUGGUUUUUUAGUUUCUCCUCUGUUCCUUGAGCGCUUUCCAUUAAUUUCACGCGUGCUGGUCAGCUGGGCCAACCCGAUCUUCGUCCACAAUGGCGAUGGUCAUUCGCUUGACCGUCUGUCUGGCUAUUUUAGCCAUGGCCUAUGGCCAUUUAGAGGACGAUGCUGUUGCAACGACCUCGGAAGGAUCUUAUGAAGAGGACCGGUUCGAAACCUCAGAGGAAAGUAACUACGCCCAAAAUCUGAUUGAUGACUAUUUCGGGUCCGAAGAGUCGUACGAGGAGAGUUAUGAAGGGGACAAUUACGAAACGAAUGAUGGAUAUGGUGAGGGAACUGACCUCUAUGACGUCAUGCAGAAGGAUGUCGGG